CACUUGUUUCCAGGCAAUCUCUAUCUCACUCACUCACAUGAUGAACGAUCUUCUCCUGCUCUCUCCCUCCUGCAAAAGUCAAGAAGCCCCAUCUCUGCAUUGCAUUUGACAACACAUUGAUUUCAUCAACAUCAAUAGAUUAAUCCCUUCUCUUCUUCCCCACACCACACACGGCUGCGGCUGCUAGCAUGGAGAUUGAGGCCACGCCUGCGCCAGCAGUAUAAAAUACGGGGCGACGUAGAGCGGAGCGGAGCAGGACCUAGACCAGAGAGAUCUUUUAUACAGUAGCGCAGUACUUUGUGAGGAGGGGAGAGAAUGAUGGAGGUGGCGGUGGAGAGCCCGCAGCCGGCGGCGUGGGACCACUUCAAGGAGGAGGUGGAGGUCAUGGAGGCGGAGGGCGGCGGCACUGCCGUCGCCACCGCCACCGCCACCGCCGCCGCUGCUGCUGCAGGGGAGCUGCUGACGAGGGAGAUCAAGAAUAGGCUGCUGGUCCAUGCCCAUGAGAAUGGGAACCAUGGCCAUGACAAUGGAGGAGAAGCAGAGGAGCUUAAGGCUCAUGAGGAGGAGGAGAAGAAGCAGGAAGAGGCUCCUGAAGAACCCAAGGUUGCUGAAGAGGAGCAGCAGCGUCACAAGAGUAUCUUCUUCGAUGCAGCCAAAGGGUUAUGGAAGUGCCGGCACUGCGAUUGGACGUACCGCCUGAGUAGUCCCUGUGGAAAUGGUACCGUAGAUCAUCGAGGCUAUCGCCACCGAAUCGAACGGAAUAUCGAAUCGUUAGUUGAGAAGAAAGGAUCGUUUUACGGCUCACCGAACAAAGUUCCUGAUAUUAUUACUGAGGUAAGUGCCAGAUAUCUGGUCACGGGAACGAUGCGAUCUGGUGCCGAAAAGCAAGACGCAAACGGAAAUCCGAGUCCGAAAGGCAAAGAGCUUGAAGCACAUGAAAAUGGCAGUGUUCAAGAAAUCAACCAUGGUCCAAACAAAGGCAAGUUAGAAAAUGGAUCACACUCAAAUGGUUCACAUCAGGUCCCCAACGGUGCUGAACCUAAGGCAGAGUACCUGUUUGAAAUCAACAAGACUCAAAUGUACCCAACUGAAGUUGACAAGGACAAACAUGUCACAGAGGCUCAGCCGAAGGUCGAAGAGUACGACCUCGAGAAGAUUUUGGACCAGCAAGAAACUCAUGACCUGUUCUGUCCCAACUGCAAAUCGUGCAUAACUCGGAGGGUGAUCCUGAAGAAGAGGAAAAGGACAGUAAGGCCAGCAACCCCCGAUGGACCGUCAAAGAGACCGUACACUGAAGAAGUAACAGUGCCACUGCCUUCUGCUACUUUUCCUGGAAGUGAUGAGCAAGAGUCACCCAACGUGUUCCGAUGUUUGUCAUGCUUCUCCUUCUUCAUUCCAGCAGGAUGCAGUUUCAACAUAUUCCGUAUAUUUGGGAGGAGGGAUGUGGACCAAGUUGGUGUUCUGCCUCCUCGGGCAUCAGAGGACACGCCUCCUCGGUCUGAAAAUUGCACAAGCUGGCUUCUGUCUUGUUUCCAGCCAGGAGAUAGCCCAAACCAACCUCAUCCUGCUGAUUCAGUGACAGUGCCCCUGUUGUCCGGUACACAGGGCUCCAACAAUACAACCACAACAACUGAAUCUAGCACAUCAUAUGUUCAUCAUAGUCAUGGCACGGUUGUAAAACCAGAGCAGUCGACAGUCGAAUCAUCUUCGGAGAACCAAACUGCUCCAGAUCCAGCGACCACGCCACUGUUGUCUGAUACGGAAAGCCCCAAUGAUACAACCACAACAACUGAAUCUAGCACAUCCUAUGUUCAUCAUAGCCAUGGCAUAGUUGUAAAACCAGACCACUCGAUAACCGAAUCAUCGUCGGAAGAUCAGACCACGACAACCACCACAACUACGACCACAUCGGCAAUAGCUACCACAUCCUCUACAACCACAUCAGCAGCAGCAGCCACCCACUCAUCGUCUGCUGCAGGAAUCUUUCACUCAGACGUAAUGGAAGUGAUAACCGGUGACAUGCCUCCCCUGAAGCCUGCCGGUGGAGUUACCAUGGAUGCAACUCACCACCUACUUGGCCAUGAAGAUGUUCAUGGAACUGCGCCGACAACCUUCGAGAAUGGCUCAUUUACGACCCAUGCAAGUCACACGUCAACACUCAAGGUCGACGGCCCGAACAUGACGACUAUCGGGAGGGGCGAUAUGCAAACCUCGCCGAAUGCUCAACCGGCAGAUCAUGUUGUGGUACCAGUCUUCGGAGAUGUGAAUCAGGUUGCUCCUAGACCCCAACAGAGGGAUGACUGGGAUAUACUGAAAGCCAUAGUGUAUGGAGGCUUAGUGGAGUCAGUCACCAGCCUCUCCGUUGUUUCGGCAGCAGCAUCAAGUGGAGCAAAAACAUUGGACAUAUUCAUCCUGGGCAUAGCCAACCUUAUCGGAGGGCUUCCUCUCAUUUACCACAAUAUCGCCGAUCUGAGAGACAUCCGAGACGUGAACGACGACAAUGAGCAAGUCGGCCACUACUGGCUGCAGCUCGGAAGGCGGUCUAAAGCCCAGCUCCACAUGGUCCUGGCCCUGCUCUCAUACAUGGUGUUCGGGUUGCUUCCACCAGUCAUCUACGGACUGUCGUUCCGCGAGAGCAAUGACAGGGAGAACAAGAUGAUGGCUGUCGCCGGUGCUUCGCUUGCCUCCAUCGCUCUGCUAGCGCUCGGAAAGGCGCAUGUCCAGACAGCACCCAGGGCAUACUUCAAGACGCUCAUGUACUACCUGACGAUCGCGGUGAGCUCGUCGGGGCUGUCGUACGUCGCCGGCGUGCUCAUCACGCGGCUCCUGGAGCACUUUGGUGUCAUCGAGCAAGGCGGUUCGGCAGCUCCAGCUCCUCCAGGGCUGUCGUUCGCUCAUUCAGUGGGUGCACAGACAUCUGCAUGGGCCUCAUUCUGAAGUUUGAUGUCUGAACUCUGAAGUUCAUGGGAACACUGGUGCAAAAAAAGAAGACAUGUAUGAGUCCAAAGAGCAAGUUCCUGAAGAUAUGUAGGGGGUGCAGCCUGAACAUCUUCUUGUUGCACACUGGCUAGAUUACCUUGCGCCAUAUCUUCCAGUUGGGCUUCAGUUGGCACUAAAACAUGAAGGCACACAUUAAGAUGGUAGAAACAUAUACAAUAUAAUUAGAACAGAUGUCUCGUUGAGCUUCAUAUUUAUUUUCAAGAAUUUAA